UCAAGACAAUCUUCAGUCAUCCCUCAAAAUAAGUUGAUUAACUUUAGCAUUUGUUUCUCUAGCAUUUAUAGGGUUAGAUAAUUGUUCCAUGUUAGAUUAUCUAAAUGGGGUUCUUUCUUGAUUUUUAAUCCCUUUGUACAGUAAGAUUUAGGUUCCAUGUUGGUCUACGCCUGUUUCUUGGUAUUCAAAAGCUUGAUAGGUGAAGCAAAUAUGGAAUUCCUGUAAUCUGGAUGCAACUUACCUUCAAACUUUAUUAUCUUUUUUUGAUGUUCUAAUUUGAUUCCCUGGUUCUCUAGUUCUUAUAUUUUCUCUUUUCUUUUAAGGUAAUUAAUUGGCUUAUGUUGCAUGAAAGCAAUAGCCUUUUUUCUUGACUUUUCAAAUGUGAUUUUUUUUUUUGGGGUUACUUUUAAGGUCUUAAUUUCAAGAUAUGAACUUUUUGUUUGGAUGAAUAAUUCCAAGAUAUGAACUUUUAUUUUUUUACUGAUGCUUUUUUAUCACUUUGUUAUUAGCAUAUUCCGAAGUCAAUUUGGAUUCUGCUUUUGGUGAAAAAUUCACUGCAUACUUUGAGCAACUUUUGUUUCUGCUAGAAAUUGAACCAAUGGACUAUGCUUUGGAAGGAAGAGAAGCAUAUUUGGCACUAUUCAAGAAAUAACUGUAAAUACAGAUUUCCCGGAAUCUGGUAUCGUUGAUAUUUUGGAGAAAUGCGCCUCCAGCAAACAAUGGUUAGGAGGUUUAGGUGCUGAAACAGUUGAUGCUUCUAGAAAUAUGUUGUCCACUUCUGUAAUAACUUUGGACCCAAUUUUGGGAGAAGUGGAACUUGAAGAGAGAUUUAAUCAUAUGGCUAAAAGGUCUAAUGAUCCAAUAUCAUUGCCAAUUGGAUUGAAAUUGGAGCAGUCGAUUGAGCAUGGAGAAGUCAGGAGUAGUCAAUCUUCAAAUGGAAUUUCAGUAUUGCCAACGGAAAAAGACUAUUCACAUUCUCCUAUUUGUCAAGUUCGUGAUCAUAGGAAGGAGGAGACAAUUGUUUAUAGAGAAGUCAAGAGUAAUUCGUCUUUAAUGGAAAACUCAGCUUUGUCUUCACUGGAACCAUUACUGCUAGGAAAAAGAUCGCGGACUACAAAUGUGCAUUCCCAGGUUCCUCUGUGCCAAGUUUAUGGUUGUAACAAGGACCUGAGCUCCUCAAAAGACUAUCACAAAAGGCACAAAGUGUGUGAUGAACACUCAAAAUUUGCUAAGGUUAUCGUUAAUGGUAUUGAGCAAAGGUUUUGUCAGCAAUGUAGCAGGUUUCACUUGCUUGCAGAAUUUGAUGAAGGUAAACGCAGUUGUCGCAAACGCCUUGCAGGCCAUAAUGAGCGCAGAAGAAAGCCUCAAUUUGAUACACACUGGGAUUCAAGGUUAUUGGAUAUGACUUCACAAAGGAGAGCGCCAUUUCUUUUCCCUGAAAUACGUCUUGGCAGUUCCUUUUGUCAAGAAAGAUUUGAAGACCAUAGCAAGCACAUCAAAAUGGAAGAGAAGCCAAUCUGCAUCUCUCAAUUAGCCAUGGCAGUGACAAAGAAGCAGUCACCAAGUAAAAGCCUCCAGCAUCAUCAUGGUACGAGAAAAGAAAAUUCAUCGAAGAUUCAUCUUGGAGCAACAUUGUCGGUUGAAGAAUUAUCGUCUGGGCAAAACUCCGCUUGUGCUCUCUCUCUUCUGUCAGCCCACUCACAACACCAUUUACACAACUUAGAAAAUUAUUGUGCUCACCUUAAAAGAGAUCAUAAUCCUGAGGACUUUUGCGAAUUAAGUGCUUCGAGAAGCUUUUCAUCAAAUGAAUUAUAUUCAUGUGAAGUAAUUGGAACAGAUAGGAUCGUCCAAGUUCUUGAUGACAGUCAGGCUGUUUCAACUGAUGAUCUAAGAGAAAGACGUGUUCGAAGAUCAUAUUCUAUGAAUUCUAAGAAUGACCUUUCUCCAGAAGAUGGACCAACCGUGGAUUUAGUUCAGUUGUCAUCACACCUGCAAAGAGUGGAGCAGCUGAAACAUUCUGACCAAGCGAAGCAGGAGAAUGAUAUCUUCCGUUGUUUUACGACCACAUGAGUAUCAAGAAAGCUGCAAGUGUUAAUAUGAUACCUGAAAGCUUUUGAGGAGAUUCAGCCGAUACAAGAAUGGCUUUGCCGACAAGUCAAGAGGCAAAGACAGAAUAAGAAAUGGUAGAUGUCUGUAUAUUUUGUAAGUGUCAUUUUAAUUUCUUUGCUGCAUCAACUGCUCAAUUGUAUAGAACUAUUUUGUGGAAACAACACUGUUUUUCUGUAGUCAUCCUCUGUUUGCUGAUGACUAUCACAGUAUAUACUGAUGUUUAAGCAGAAAAUGUUAUCAAAAGGAUAAUUUUUUCUGUGUAA